CACCUUAGUGGGUGAUUAGUCCCAUCUGAAAACACAAUGGAAUUAAAUAACAGUGGUUGGAUUCAGAUGUGAUGGAAAACUGUGGUUCACCACUAUGAGCAUGAGCCACAGGUUGUUUGGUUCUAAACAACAGCUUCAGCAAUUUGACAGUUAUGACAGUCAGAGAGAUUCAAAGCGAAGGAGGGCAAGGUUUAGCAUUCUGGUAAGGAAAUGCAUCCAGCACCCUGGACAGUUCCAUGCAGGGCUUAGAUGGGGUGAGCUCCCGUUGCUCGGUCCCUGCUCCAGCCAACCUAGCAGUUCGAAAGCACGUCAGUAGUGCAAGUAGAUAAAUAGGUACCGCUCCAGCGGGAAGGUAAACAGCGUUUCCGUGCGCUGUUCUGGUUCACCAGAAGCGACUUAGUCAUGCUGGCCACAUGAUCUGGAAGCUGUACGCCAGCUCCCUUGGCCAAUAAAGCAAGAUGAGUGCCGCAACCCCAGAGUCGGUCACGACUGGACCUAAUGUUCAGGGGUCCCUUUACCUAAGGAAAUGCAUCCAGCACCUUGGAGAGUUCCAUGCAGGGCUUAGACUGGAUAAGCCAAGAGCAAACCUCAAACGUUAUUUCAGCACCAAUAAACAUCAAGUAAAGGUAAAGGGACCCCUGACCAUUAGGCCCAGUUGCGGACAACUCUGGGGUUGGGGCACUCAUCUCGCACUACUGGCCGAGGGAGCCGGUGAACAGCUUCCGGGUCAUGUGGCCAACAUGACUAAGCUGUUUCUGGUGAACCAGAGCAGUGCACGGAAAUGCCGUUUACUUCCUGCUGGACAAGCUUUAAAUAGGAGCUGCACUUUUGUAUGAGUUGCCAGUUCUGCCUUCAGUGAGAGAAGCCUCAUUUUUAAUGCCUCAUCAUUUUUAAAAUAUGCCUCAUUGUUUAAAGUGUCUUAAUUUACUCUUAACAGUCACCAGCUCCAUCAGAGAGGAUGGGUUCUACUAGUAUUUCUGAGCUGGAGACCGCAGAGGCAGACAACACAACUGAUGUUGAAUCCUGAUGAGGUGAAUGCAUGUUGAGUACGUUGUUCCUAAAUCUGGGAGCUACGGAAUUAACCUGUUUUAGAUUAACCUGUCUUAGACUGCACUCCCUCUGAAGGGAUAGGUACAUAGUAUUGAGGUGAUUGUGAAUCUAUCUCUAUCACUGAAGUGCUAGGCAACCAUAAUGACAAGGAGCACCAAUUAUCAGCUUUGGAUGGCCUUCCAGCAAUGACUAACAGGGAUAGCCUAGCAACUGAGAGCCAUGUGCUGAUAGCAACAAGAUGGGUUUAUUGCAAUACACAUUAUGUGGGGAUACCCUUAUAUUUGGCUUGGAAGCUGCAGCUGGCACAGAAUGAAGUGGCUAGGUUGCUAUGUGAGGUUUCCUACCAUGGACACAUGAGACCAAUGUUAAAGGCACUGCAUCAGCUGCCAAUUAGCUGCCAAGUCAAGUAUAAUGUGUUGGUUUUUCAUGAAUGUCUACUUCACACUGUUUUUGUUUGGUUUUAUUUUAAAUGUAUCUGCUCUUUUGUGUUUUUGUUUUUGCUGUUCUUAUUGUACACUCCUGCUGCUGCUGCUGCUGCUGCUGCUGAUAUAAUAUGCAAUGCACUUCAAACCAAAGGAAACAAAACCUAUGGAAAAAGGAAGUUCAUAGCAGUAUAUAGCACUCAUUUUAAAGGGGUCCCAUAGUGCAGAUUGGGGUUAAAGGUGGUUAUGAAAAUGCUAAAGAGCAUUGUAUUUAAGGUCAAAUCAUGCCAAGACUUGACUCUCACUGCCAAGGAAAAUCUAAGACAAUAGUUCCCACAUGACAUCCCAUGUCUGUUACAAACGUAAGAGAGGGAAUAAAGGUAGCUUCACUGUUGAUUCAAUUGGAAGUGUGCAGUUUUGUUUUAGCCUUUAGUCACACAAAGAUUUUUGUUUCCACUUUAGAGACCCCACAGAGAUUUAGUUCUACAAAAGCCACAGCCUUUGGGUAAUGAUUGGAUGAAAUAUUCCUACAAAGAAGAUUCCACCUAUACUUUACUGACAUGGAUGACUCCAGAGCCACCCACUCAGCACCACAGGAAGGGGUGCCUGCUUUGUUUCUCCUGGAUCAAAGAAUACUUUGGCACGCUUUUACCAGUCUGAGUAUUUGAUGACCAAAAAAUAAAAUAAAAAUGUAUCUAUGUGUCGGGGCAGGGGAGAUAAUUGCACAGAUGCAAACAAAGACGGGGAUGGCGGCAAAUGAAUUUUACAAGUAAAAGAGCUGUUUGUGUUGUUGACUGCAAAUAUGAUGCUGCAGGUGCAAUAAGGCAUCCUUUUGUGAAGACAGAAAAGAAUUAACCAGAG